UGAUCCGUGAACCCAUUGGUUCAUUUUUAUAUAUAUAUUUUUUUUGCUUCAUAAAUCUGAACUUUGGAUGGAGGAACUGAGGAGCUAAGAAUGACAUGGUUUAUCACAUGGUUUCAGAAAAUGUUCACCUGCGUGAACUCUUCGCUGAAUUAUGCUGAGUGAUUAGGGUGUAAUAUUUAGGUUGUGAUAAGAAAGGGUUAGGAUAAAGUCACAAUUUAAGAAUACGCCCCCUUUCAGUUAAUGAAUUUGAACUGAAUUAGCGCCAAUCCACAGAAUGCUGAAUUGUAAUUGGAAUGACAGAAAGAGGAAUUUACUGAAUUGCAAUUCAAAUUUAAGUGGUAAAAGUCACCCGACUGGCAAUUUUAUUAGUGCAGAUUCAGGACAAACCACAAACAAUGUACUUAUUAAUUCUGACUAAUUAUGUCCAUUGCCCCAUGAUAUCUAACAUACACUUUUCAACCGAUACUACAUCUAGACAUUUUUUAGUUCAAUGCUGUCACAUUAACACAGCCAUCAAAACAGCAAUACAUUGUUCAGCCAACUUUUUAUAACAUAAAUAUUGACACCCAAAAAAUUUUAUUAUGCCAAGCAAUUUUAAACUCCCCCAUGUUACAUAAAAUUCUAAUUAAUUUAUUAAAUAUAAUGAAAUUUAAAUGACUAAUAAGUACAAAUGUCUAUUGGUGGCAUGUCAGACAUUAAACAUUUCUGGAUAAAAAGCAUAUGUUGUGUACAAGAUUAAUUGUGUUUAUUGUUUUUUUUUUUUUUUUUAACAUUCUAUGCAAAUUAAAAUACAUAUUACAAUUCUGCAUCUGGUUUGCUACCUAAAUUAAAAUUCAGAAAUUUAUUUGGAGAAUUUUUUUUUAAUCACACCUACUCAUUUCUAGUCAACGUAAAAAAUUCAACUGAACACAAGGAGAGGUUUAAAAGUUUAUGAAUUAUAAGGUUGAAAAUGUCCAUUAUUAUUUCCAACUCUUUCAAUCUCAUCUUCAUGAAGUUUUACUGUGUUAAACAGCAUCUUACUGGAAUAAAGUUCAUGCCAACAGCUUCUUUUAUUGGUUUUAUUGAAUUUCAGGUAAGCCACUGGAAUUUGCCAUCAUACAUUUACAAUCCUUUGCUAUUAAACUCCCUGACAUUUGCAUUACUUUUUUGAUAGUUAUUUAACCUUUUAUAACCAUCCAUAUUUUAUAUCCAUGCAGAGGAAGGAUGCUCACACAAAUGUGAGGUCUUUUGAGCAGUAUGCAAAAGUUUACUGAAUGGAAUCUGAUUAAAAACUACAUAUACAUAUAUCUCUUAGUGAGUGUUCAGUGAAUCAGUAAAUGAACAUUAUAUUCAAUAUGGCAUUAUAUUCAAAAUCUUUAUUCCUGGCAUCAUGCCAUUUUGACUACUGUCUGAAUCAUUGCUGGGAAAGACUCUCAUAUCUCAUCACGUAGCUUUCCUCUGCAUCAUGACAGUAAUAAUUCAGGUCCAAAGUUCAAAUGCAAACUAAAACAAGGGCUGAGAGAGCGUCAGCGUUCAGUUUCACCAGACACCUCCAGCAUUCACCUGCCUCCCCAACACUUCAACUUGGGAGAACAGUCAAAGCCCUACAAGAUGAAGAGCAUCCUGAAGGACAAAAAAGUGCUUAAAAUGCAGAGUAACUCAAUUGGGGCCGUGCGCUGGACGCUACCAGAGGAAUCUUCUCAGGUCCACAGUUCAGCGCCCACCAGCCCAUUCAAGAGCAGUGGUGGAUUUUCUACCCGUUCACAGCAAAGGCAACGUCAGCAGGGCCUGCAGGACCUCCGCAGCUUGGAAGAAUGCAUCAGAUUCAUCAACCACUGGAAGCAACAGGUGGCGCAAGUUUGUAAGAAUGAGGAUGAUCCCGGUGAAGGGUGCAGCAGACCAUCAGAGCAGCAGACAGACCGCAGAAUUGAGCGCAGUAUUGAAGAAAGCCGCAAGCUUAUUCUGCAGUGGGCCAGUGAACUUCAAAGUGUAGACAAGCUGUCUAAAAAGCAUUCUUGGCUGAAGGAGAGGAUUGAUCAGGAGGAGGAAGAGAACACAAAGCAGGAUAAAGAUCAGCAUGAGGUGGUGCAGAAGAGGAUCACGGAGUGGGCCAAAGAGAUUCAGAGUGUGUCAGAGAGCUGUGGAAUGCUGGGAGAUGAGCUGGUACAGAUGUUGCGUCUCCUGGGACUGAGGAAGAAGAGGCUGGUUUCCCUCAUGCCACUGCUGGAGUUCAUAACUUGGAGUUUCCUGAAGGAAGACAGCAAGGGCAUGGUUCCUCAUCUGUGGCUUUCAGCUAAGCAGCGUACCUGGAAAGCUGGCAUGCCACGCUACAUCCCUAAUUCAGUCUGGAGCUGGAUUGUCAGUGCAGGAGCUGAUGUAAGUCUUGAUCCCAUGACCAUCCACCCUUGGCUGCAGCUCUCUGAUGACCACAAGAAGGUUCAGGAGGGUCUAACAGAGGCUGAUCUGUUAUACAGCCCUCAGCGUUUUGAUAGCUUGCCCUGCGUCCUAGGCUGGGAGGGCUACAUGGGUGGUCGCCAUUACUGGGAAGUGGAAUUUGCAAACAAUGGUUAUUGGAAAGUUGGAGUGACAACUGCUACUUCAAAGAGGCAUGGCCGCUUUCCAAUGAAACCCUCUAAUGGUUAUUGGGUCCUAUGGCGCAGCACACGACAGUUCUUCGCCUGCACCAAUCCUGAAACGGCCCUGCCACUGCUGCUGGUGCCCCAGAAAAUGGGAAUAUACAUUGAUUAUGAGGAGGGACAGAUUUCUUUCUACAACGCGGAGAACAAAUCACACAUCUUCACCUUCACAGGACAGUUUCGUGAGAAGCUGUACCCUUUCUUUGCCGUGAUGGAUGGCAGGUCCCUUAUAACCGUAUGGUCUCCUAAAGAGCAAAGCCGCUUUUAACAAGGCAGGCUUUCAUCUUUCAUUCUGCAUUUUCAUUUGAACAUUUAUAACUUAACAAAUGAUUCACUGGAACCAAAUCUACUGUCAACUAAAAAGCAACUCCUAAUAGCUACCUUUCCAUUCAGAGGAUUUAACACCAUGGUGGGCUGGACCCACUUAAUGAGUGCUAUUUUAAUACACAGCUAAUACACAGCUUCCUAUAAUUCUUUACAAUUUAAAUGCACCCUCAACAUGAUUGCUACACCUAUGUAUCUCUUUAUCCAUUUAUAAAAUUUAUCUUUGAAUAUUUUCUCUAGCUCAAUAAUUAUAUACGUGUCUAAGCUUUCAUGUGUAUAAGUAAUAGUAUGUGUUUUGACACAAAUAUUUAGUGAAAUUGCAUUAUUUAGCCAUGCAUUUAUUUCUCUGAGUGUUAUCUAUGUUCAUCCUGUAACCAUCUAUAAUUUAAAUGCACCCUCAACAUGAUUGCUACACCUAUGUAUCUCUUUAUCUAUUUAUAAAAUUUAUCUUUAAAUAUUUUCUCUAGCUCAAUAAUUAUAUACGUGUCUAAGCUUUCAUGUGUAUAAGUAAUAGUAUGUGUUUUGACACAGAUAUUUAGUGAGAUUGCAUUAUUUAGCCAUGCAUUUAUUUCUCUGAGUGUUAUCUAUGUUCAUCCUGUAACCAUCUAUAAGAUAACUACAAUGAGAUAUUUAUUAUAGGCCUAUUUAUGUUCAUGCAUAGAUAAUGUAUAUUAAAAGAUUAAUCAUUCUAGUUUUUAUAGGCAUUGGAUGAUUAUAAAAAUGUAUUAAUAAAGCAUAAAAUAUAG